AUGUCCUCGACGACGGAGAAGCCGCUCGCCAACGGCAACGGCGGGCUCAAGUCUGAUGGCGCCAGCCAGCCGGACGAGGUGGAAAACAUCUUCAUGUUCAUUCCCAACCAAAUUGGCUACUCCCGCAUCGUCCUCGCCGUCGCGUCUCUCUACUACAUGCCGCUGCACCCGCGGACGUGCUCGCUGCUCUACAGCAUCUCAUGCCUCCUCGACGCGCUGGACGGGCUGGCGGCGCGCCGCUUCAACCAGUCGACCAAGUUCGGCGCCGUGCUGGACAUGGUGACGGACCGGUGCACGACGGCGUGCCUGCUGGUGUUUCUGGCGUCGGCCUUCCCGCGCUGGUCCAUCGUCUUCCAGGGCCUGAUCAGCCUCGAUCUGGCGAGCCAUUACAUGCACAUGUACGCGACGCUGAGCAUGGGCGGCGCGGGCCAGAGCCACAAGAAGAUGGACGAGAGCAAAGGCUGGAUCAUGAAGAUGUACUACUCGAACAAUAUAGUAUUGUUCGUCUUCUGCGCGCUCAACGAGCUCUUCUUCAUCGCGCUGUACCUCCUCUCCUUCUCGUCGCCGCUGCUCACGCCGUCGCUGCUGCAGCCGGAGCCGUCGAGCCUCGCGCCGGGCUCGCCCGCCGCGCCCAAGCCGUCGGUCCUCUUCACGAGCCCGUGGUCGGCGGGCGCCAUGGAGAUGGCGCGCGCCAACAAGAUGGACAGCACCGUGCCGUGGGUCCUCGCCGCCGUCUCGUUCCCCGUCAUGUUCGGCAAGCAGAUCAUCAACGUCAUCCAGCUCGUCAAGGCGAGCCAGUGGCUCGCCGAGGGCGACGUCGCGGAGAGGCGGAAGCUGGGCUUGCCCAAGAAGACGAAUUAG